ACCUCAACAGAGGACACUCCUUCUAAAAAGACAGAUAUCAUCGAGGAGUUUUGGUUGAAGAGCGCUGAGAUCAGGAAGAGCCUGGGCCUUACUCCUCUGGACCGCAGCAGUAAAAUCCUAGAGAGGAGUGUUGAGGACACCCCCCUGCAGGACGUCACGCCUGCUAAGACGCAGCCUGCAGAGGUGCCUGAGGAGCAGAAACCUCCCUCCAGCGGCCGCGCUGUCAUUCGCAGACUCAACAUCACUCUGGAGGGUCAGGUUAUCACCCCCAUCGCCUCCGUCGAGCCCAAGAGUAACGGCUCCGAUAAGAGGGACCUCAGCAGCAGCUCUGGCCUGGGGUUAAAUGGGAGCAUGGUCACGAGUCAAACAGCAAACAGUGACAGCUACAUCACGUCUGACUCGGCCAUGCUCACCCCGCCCUCCAGCCCACCGCCUCCUGUGCCAGCUAAUCAGUCUCCAGCUGUGUUCAGGCAGCAGAGGCACCAGGUGUCGUGGAGGAACGGAACAGAAAAACCUCCGCCUGAGCCCGCCAAAGAGCCGGCAAAAACCAAGAGUCCCAUCCCUGCACCGAGGACGCAGCCGAGCCCCGUGUCGCCACCCAAACCUGCGCCCAGGAAAGUCCCGUCGCCUCAGGCCGAACCCGAACCAGCUCCGGUGGUCGUCAUGAGGGAGAAGAAGAAGCCUCGGCCGCAGGAGUUGAGGAAGUCGUUUGUGGAGACGGUGGAGGAGAUUCCGUUCGCUGACGACGUGGAGGAGACGUACGACGAGCGGACACCAGACACAAGCAUGAACAAGUAUUACACUCCACCCACCAGCAAGCCGAGCAAAGCGAGACCUCCCCUGCAUUUGGCCCUAGCGAUGGAAAAUGGUAAACCCAACAUCCCCGCCAACAUGGCCUCCAAGAACCAGAGGGCGACUCAGUUCUCCCCAGAGGCCAAAGAGAUCGCCGAGGAGAGAAUGAGGGCCAGAGAGAAGUCCAUCAAGAGCCAGGCUCUGAAGGACGCCAUGGCCAAGCAGCUAAACAAAAUGAAAGAAUCGGACACGGACAAGGGGGCGUCUCCGAAGGUGGCCUGGUCAGUCACACCGGACGCCUCUAAAAAAAGUAAAAAGGCAGCCGUGUCUCCAAAGACGUCGGCGGUGAAAGCUCUGGAGUCAAAGAAGGCGGAGACUCUACCGGAGCGCUUCUUCAGCAGCAACAAGAGUCUGGACAGCUCGGUGGCUUCUUCGGACGGCGGCUCGUCUUCCAGCAAGAGCAAGAAACGGAGUUCGCUGUUCUCGCCUCGCAAAAACAAGAAGGAGAAGAAGGCCAAGAACGACAGCGGCAGGGUCUCCGGCGCGGACGAGACGCCGCCGAAACACAAGUCGCUGUGGAAGGCCGUCUUCUCGGGGUACAAGAAGGACAAAAAGAAGAAGGACGAUAAGUCAUGUCCGAGCACGCCAUCGUCCACCUCCACCACUCAGGACUCUGGGAAGAAGAGAGCGUCACCUCUUGGGAAAUCAUCAGACUUGAAAACGCGCAGAAACUUGAGUUUCUCUGAGGACUCGGACCUGUCAUGUGACGACGUUCUGGAGCGAUCCUCCCAGAAGUCAAAGGCAGAUUCUGUUUAUGUCCCUCACGCACUGGCGUUCAAGAGAUCGUAUGCCGCAAAGAAAACCUACACGGAAGAGGAGCUGAAUGCCAAGCUGACCCGACGGGUCCAGAAAGCUGCAAGACGACAAGCGAAGCAGGAGGAACUGAAGAGACUGCACAGAGCUCAGAUCAUCCAGAGACAGUUGGAGCAGGUGGAGGAGAAGCAGCGGCAGCUUGAAGAGCGUGGCGUAGCCGUGGAGAAAGCUCUAAGAGGGGAAGCAGGAUUGUAUAAAGGUACUUAUACGUUACCCAAACAGCACAAAAGAAGAUCAGACUAUUGGGGAGAUUCUAAUUACAGUGAAAUCCUGGACUUGCAUCUGGGCGGCAUGGGCAAGAAGGAUGAUCCCAAGCUGAUGCAAGAGUGGUUCAAGCUGGUGCAGGAGAAAAACGCCCUGGUCCGCUACGAGUCAGAACUCAUGAUAUUUGCCAGAGAGCUGGAGCUGGAGGACCGACAGAGCCGCCUGCAGCAGGAACUCAGGGAGCGGAUGGCAGUGGAAGACCAGCUAAAGACGGAGAAGGAGCUCGCUCAGGAGAAGCAGAUCCUCAAUGAGAUGUUGGAGGUGGUGGAGCAGCGGGACUCCCUGGUGGCUCUCCUCGAGGAGCAGAGGCUCCGGGAGAAGGAGGAGGACAAGGACCUGGAGGGUGUGAUGCUCUCUAAAGGCUUCAACCUCAACUGGGCCUAAGAGGGGAGUGACGCACGUGUUUAUCAAGUCCUGGGGGGAAAAGAACUGACUGAGUGGUCGUCUUUGAUCAGAAGACUCUGCUUAACACCUGCAGCAGUGAAUGUGUGAAAAUGCCCCCAAACACACAAACACUACGACUGUAUCUGACCUUAAAGCAGUCUGUUUACAUAUCCUCUGCCCACAGGCAGUCCUAGUUAAUCACUUUGCAGUUUUCGUUCUCUCUCUCUCUCUCUCUCUGUGGUUGAAGAGGCGAGUGCAUUCACAGCUUUAUCGUCCCAGCCUUGAUGUGGAACCUCUCAAACGAGGAGGGGGCUUUGGGCGAAUGUUUAAAGACUUUGUUUCAUCCUCGAUUGUCUAAAGGGAAGAAUGCAGUUCAGUCCUGCUGAUGUAAAGGAAUUGUAAAGAAAUUGUGUUUUUGUGUAUAGUUGUGUAGAACAAGUCACAUAAUCAGCAGGGGUCCUCUUCUCUCUCCCCCUCCCCUUGCCGUGCAGAGGUGCGUUUAAACACUGGGGUGAUGUCUCCAGUCUCAAUCUCUAGUUUUGUCUGAUUCAGUCAGACUGCAGGAAGGACGUCCUCUGCUGGAGCUGCCUUUCUCUCAGUUACACACGAACCACAAAGACGAGGCUCCUUACCCCCCGCCCGCCCCCCCGCACAGUGUUUAGAGAGUCAACACUAAGAAUUCAUAAAGCAUGGCCAUGUUUUUUUAAUGUAUUUAUUAUCUUUGUUUGCUUUUAACAGAUUUUUUCUUUUGUUUUGUUUUGCAUUCACAGGAGAGUGCCCACAAUCUCAUUAUCUUGCACUUGUGCACAUCUCCCAUGCACCCACAAGCCACUGCAUGUCAGGAAUGAAGGCUGCAAGGCUUGGAAUAGAAAAGCGUAACCUUGUCUUUGGUUACUAGGAUGUAGAAUACAGACUAUAGUGCAUAUGAUCACUUAAGCAUUUCACAUGCCUGGAUAAUGAGGGGACUCUCCUUGACAUGCCGUUCACUGUAUAUCACACUGACAGUUUGCGUUUACAGAGAGUUGUCCUUAUCCAAUAUGGGAUGUUAACUCUUCAUAUCAGAUCCGUUUGCUUCCACAUGUGUUCACAUUGGGAUGUAAUCAUACUCAAAGCUGACCUCAUGGUUGUUAAAGGGAGAUCAGCGUAGCUCAUAUGACUUACUGGUGCCACAGGAAUGUUUCUGUUGGUAGAUAUGCUGCAAUAUCAGAGGAGAACACCACAAAUAAACACACUACACAACAUGUUCAUCAUUAAAUGGCAGUGUUAAUACAUUACCCCCCAACAAGAUGCCUUUUUCAUUUUCAUUCUCUGUACUUACAUAAUAUUUGAUUUCUGUGCGCUGAUUGUUUUUUGAGGAUGUCACAUCCGUCUAUCCAACUGAAACCUGAGAUUUUUACCUUUCUUUCUUUUAAAAUACUUUUAUACAGCAGCUCCACAAACAAACAGAAGGUGAUUUGAAAAGGGGGGGCGCUGAAGUGAAUACUUCAUGAGUACCAUGCAUCAAACAGGAUCAGUCCAAACAAACUGUAAGAAGUGGUCAUAGUGCUGCAGCAGCACAGGGACACUAGAGGAUAUAUAUCUAUGACUUGGUAUGAGCUGUGAAUUCAAAACACAAAGUUACAUCAUUUUAAAGGGUUGUUGUUUUAGUUGGUGUGAGAUAAGUUUGAAAAUGAUUGUAUUGAUAUUUAUUAACAUGUGUGCAAACUGUAUUAUAUGUAAAGAAAAAAUGAAUCCUAAUUUUUAAAGCGUUCCGUUGACACAUGACGUGUAAUGUAAAUGCUUCAUGUAGCUGAGAUGCAUAGGGGUGUUGGAUGUAUGCUGAAAAAAAAAAAACGGCAAUAAAACAAUGCAGUUGUUCUUUUA